AUGCUUUCUUCGUCGCUCGGUCGGAUCGCCCUUCGGCCAAGACCACUUCAAUAUUGUCAAUCUUGCCAAGCCUCAGGGAUUUAUCAGAAAUAUGAGCAAUUCUUGGAGAAACGCUAUCCUAAGGUCUACAGAAUCCAUCGUCUAGUUGUGGAUGGUAAGUUGAGUUUUUUUUAAUAUUGUUGUUUAGGUUGCAGAGAUUGUUUGGCUGAUGUGAAGUUGUUGUAUCGGCUGAACAAAGACCUAAAAUAUGGAAAGCGAGAGCUGACGGACAUGAACACGAAGGAACUGAUGUGUUUGUUGCAAGUAAGUGAUCUGACUGACUGCGUGAUGUGUUUAUUAAGUGUCCACCCGAAGUUUUGAGGAUUGUGGUCAUUGUGGUACUGUUACAGUUUCCCGUAAUAGGAGAGGGACUAAUUAUAACGGCGUAAGUUGAGUUUGGACUUGCGGCCUUUUCUGUCUGGGUAAUAACAACAAGAAACUGUUCAUAGCAAGGUUUUUGAUUGACUUUGUAGUGAAUUUCCAAUUUAAAUUUGAAAAACGUUGCAAUUUUAACCAAAGAUAACUUUAUGUGACUGGCUUUUCGUGACAAACAUUUAAAUCAAUGUGUUUUAGACACAAGAGGAGCUGCCCAAGUUGGUAACAAUUACAAUCCUCGCUCCGUUGCCUUUCACCCUUUACGGAUUGGCUCUGUCUAUGUCAGUUUCUUUCUUGUAUCUUAUUAUUCAGACAGAAAUAGCCUCAAGUAAUUGUUUUCAGAAUCUUUUUCCCUCGAUUCGUGUUGACGAGGCAUUUCUGGACGGAUCAGCAGAAAGAAAAGUUCUGGCAGAUGAUGUAUAAAUAUACAUUUCUACCCCGGAUUCGGCGAUUACAGAAUCUGAAUCAGGUAAUUUUUAAUACAAAAGGUGAUAUACAUUUAUUAAAAGAACUUGUUUUAAUCCUGCAUGGACUAACAAUCAUCAAUCAUUUAUAGAAUAUGUCUCUGACCGAGCCAAAGAAUGUGAAACUGGUAGAUCUAAGCGUCUCUCACUUACUGAACUUGUGCAAGUUGCAUCGUUCGAUGCCUUUAUAUGGUUGUAGAGGAUUGGAACAGCGAGCCAAAAUCCUGUCACAGUUGGAUUAUGUUGUGGACAAGGAACUGGACGGGAUGGAGAAGCUUGAACUCCGAAAUCACAUGUUUCUGCGACGGCUAGAUUUCCAUCAGAAGUCGGAGGAGGAAAUGAGGUCGGAUCUGCAGAAUUGGAUCGCCGAGUCAAAGAGUAAGUUGAUUUUAAAAACCUGAUUGUUUUUGGAUAUAAAUAAUUCAAAUACUUAAAUUUUUAAAAUACGGUAUUGGUACUGAAAACGUAAUGUUUAGAAAUCCAGUCCAACCCCGGUUUGCUACUGCACCUUCCAGUCCUACUAACCGAGAAGAAAGAUAGAUAA